AUGUAUCUCUCCAGCGAUACGAAGCUUUGGUGGCUCACGCGGACGGAGGAUCUAGCCAGACCUACGAUCGAGUCGUGGGAGGACUUCGUCCGCGAACUCAAGAAACAGUUCCUCCCGACGAACAACGCAUGCAUGGCGGGGGAGGCACUCCGGCGGCUCCGUCACACCGGAACCGUGCGGGAAUAUGUGAAGCACUUCGCUUCACUCAUGCUGGACGUCAAGAACAUGUCGGACGAAGAUAAAUUCUUAAACUUCACGUCCGGAUUCCAGAACUGGGCGAAGGUGGAGCUGCGUCGCCAGGGAGCCCGAGACGUCCAGUCGGCGAUGGCGAUGGCGGACGCCUUGGUGGACUACCGCUCCUCCGACCAUGGAGAGGGAGGGGGACAACGGUCAAAGGAGAGACGGCCCGGGGAGGAGUCGUAA